AUGUCAACCAUCUGCAAGCGGAACAAUAUUCCAACUUCCAGCUAUGAGCCGGAAGACCUAGAAGAUGCCCGACGUUCGGAAGAUGACGCCAUGACGCGGUACUUCCUGCAACUGCGAACAAAAGCCAAACCAGCGGACUCGGUAGUCCGCAAGUGUCUCCUGCUCAGCAAACAGGAAUACGUCUUGGAACAGCUCGUGACCGUUGCGGUCAGCCCAGCAUCCGAUCACUGGCAUGCUGUUGUCUGGUUGGACAACGGCAGAGACCUCUCCCAAAGUGCCCCCGGUCCUUGGUGUCCCCAGCCGGGAACCCGCCCAUGGGAGACGUACUUCUCACCAGUUGUCGUCAACUCAGGCAUCGGCGAGACCCCUACCAUGACGGCACAGGACGGCUCCCGACAUCCGCAAAAGGACCUUCGCCCCGAGGGCUAUCAGAGACGCCGUGAUUCCAGCACAGAACCGGAGACAUGGCGCGCAGGGCAAAACAUUUGCUUGCUACCUUUCCAGUACGGAUCAUUGACCUUGGACAGAGACCUCGCUAAAGGCGAUGCCCUCUAUUCAUUGAGCGAGCUGUUUCUGUUCGCUGCUUCCUCGGAGGCGCAGCUGCUGAACUUUGUCGGGCAGCGCAUUCAGCACGAGAUCUCAUUUGCGAGCACGGAUGACAUCACGCACAACCGCUCGGUGUUGCUGCUCAACUUGAAGUACAUCAACACAAUCCUGGCAUCCCAUGCGCAGAGCCUCGCCGAGACAACAGGCAUCCUACGCAACCGCCACUCCUUGGAUUGGCCACGCAUCGAAGGAAACGCUACCAUUGACAAGAUGGCCACCUUGCUACUCGCGGACUUUGAGUAUCUUCUGCAAAAGGUGCACACGCUGGCACAUGAAUGCGAGCAGGGAAUGACAACGCUCGCCAACAGUGCUGUGCUGGAAGAGUCCCGACGGUCUGUUGAGAUGGCCAAGACAGUGCACAAGCUUACCAUUAUUAGCACGGUGUUCAUACCACUGUCAUUUCCAAUUCACUUGUCCUCCUCUUCUCUUGUUUUUAUCUUGUCCUUUACGAUUCUAAUGAUGACGGGAAUAAUGAACACCGGCGGGAGCUCCUGCGGCGUCUGCAACCUCACAUUCGACAAUGUUGGCGCAUUCCGCCAACACGCUAAAUCACCAGAGCACGUUGCAAACGUCCGACGGAAAGCGGCACAAUCUGGUGCCGAAAUUCGCGCCGCGAGGGACUCCGACUCAGACAGCAGCCUGUCUUACCUGACCUCGAGCGACUCCGAUUCCGAGCCCGAGCGGAGCGCCCCCGCGAACGCGACCCCAGGCUUCGUCGCGGAGCAGUGCCUCUUCUGCGACGCGCGCUCUGCCGACUUUGACGCGAGCCUGAUCCACAUGGCGAGCACGCACAGCUUCGUGGUUCCGUACCAGUCAUCGCUGGUCGUUGAUCUGCCGACACUGGUGUGGUACCUGCACCUGGUGAUCUACACGUACCACGAGUGCGUGGCGUGCGGUAGCCGGCGACGGUCGGCGGCGGCGGCGCAGCAGCACAUGCAGGGCAAAGGCCACUGCCGGUUCGACAUGGCCAACCCGGAGAUUCGCGAUUUCUACGAUGUUGCGACACUGGACACGCGACUGGUGUCGGAGCUGGCGCAGUCGGACGAGGGCACGAUCCGGUUGGCUUCUGGGAAGCUCAUCAUGCAUCGUGGUGCGCAGGGCAGUGGGCUGGCCAGCGGUAGCGGCAGCGGCGGUCGCAAAAGGCUGGAGCGCGGGAGAGCCGAGGAGGGUGGGGAAACGGCCAUGGCGCUUCGAAGCGACGGGGAGCAGCAGGUAGUGCUGGACGAUACAGACAGGAAGAUGGCGACGGCGGCGAGGCAGAUGGCACAAUUGAGCGUGCGCGACCAGCAGGCGCUGGCGCAUCUGGUGCCUCACGAGCAGCGCAAGGAGCUCACAUUGCGCAGGAAGCAGGUCGACCAGGCGCGGCGGGCAGAGUGGCGAGCGCAGGCAGCGCUGGGGCGGAAAGGAAACAAGACGCUGAUGAAGAAUUACAAACCGCAGGGUCCAGAACGGCCGCUCGGAUGA